AUGAGUGACACACACCGAGAAACACUAAACGAAAUACGCACAACGAAAAACAUACCGACAAACACCGAGAGACACACACCGAGAGACACUCACCGAGAGACACUCACCGAGAGACACCGAGAGACACACACCGAGAGAAACAUACCGAGAGACACACACCGAGAGACACACAUAGAGACAUACCGAGAGACACACAUCGAGAGAAACACACCGAGAGACACACACCGUGAGACACACCGAGAGACAUACAGAGAGACAUUCAUCGAGAAACACACACCGAGAGAUAAACUACGAAAGCGACACACAACGAGAGUGACACACAACGAGAGUUACACUCAAGGAAAAACGCAUAAAGAGAUACACACCAAGAUAGACACACAACGAGAAAAUCACAACGAGAGAGACCAACACAACGAUAGAGACCCAAACUAA